AAGCUCAGCCAGCCUCCCCACAUCAACACAACUCCACAGCAUCAGCACCGACAUCUGCUCCUAAAGUGGAAAACACUUCUCCCUGCUUCAACCCAGCGUUUAACCUUCAACUCUACAUCAACAAUGGAGCAUACAGUGAUCCAGGUUAUCGCCACAAUGAUGGUUUUCCUGACUCUGAGUUUCAAGCCAGUAUCGUCAGAGGUUGACAUUACCAGGACAGGAUGUGGCAAGACCAAAUUUUGUUUGGCGGUACCUGAUGACUGUGACCCUGCAGGCAGUGGCAGCUGUCUUUUUGGAUCUGUGAAGCCCACUGCUAUAAACAUCCCAAACGGCGUUGACAUGGCCUUUGAACUCAGUGGAAACUCCGAAGGAUACAUCGCUAUAGGUCUCAUCCCAAAUAAUUCUGAGCUUCUCAAUUUUUUCUCCUGUGGUAAGAACAGUGGGUCUUUUUUCUUCAGAUCAAGCAUUGCUAAUCAAACUUCCACAACAGAGGAAGAAGAACCGAUGGAAACAACAGUUACUGGAAAUAGCACCAAUGGUGUGAAUAUUAAGUGUACGUUUACAGUUGCCAAAGUGAAUGCUAGCAAAAUUUCCUCAGCCAGGACUACAGAGAAUAUCACCUAUUCUGUCAUCAUUGGGAGUGGAAAUGUAGAAAAUGGUAAAAGCAGGACAUAAAUGCAA